UAAAGCGAGUGGUAGCGGUAAACGUUAAAAAAUUGGUACGGUAUUCUAUUAAAAGUCAACAAGUGAAAAAAUGUCUUCAAUCGUACGCUUUGCUGUUAUUGUGAUUGUUGCUUUGGCGCUUUUGACGGCGCACACCGCAAUAGCCAGCAACUCCCGUCCGCCACGCAACAACGACAUCAGUAACAUGGCCGACGCACUCAAAUAUUUACAAGACCUGGACACAUACUAUGGGGAUCGAGCACGCGCCAGGUUCGGCAAGCGCGCGCCGUUGUUAUUGCUUCUGCGUCAACAUUUGCUUGAAAAUCCUGAUGUGGCUCGAGCCAUUGAAAAUCCUUCCGCUGAUGAACCCUUUUAAGGCAAAUGAUUCUCUUAAAGCUGCUGGAUUUGAAAAUAUACCUAACACUAUUGUAAAUGCAAUAAUGAAGCCAUAAAGAGACUUUACAGUAUUAGAAAACUCUUUAAUUAUUUAUAAAGUAGUUUGCAUAUAUAAAUAUAGACGAAACUGUAUAUGUAAAUAAA